AUGGUCUUCGCGCGCCGUUCAAUCUUCCGCGCUGCGACUGUAGCCCAGUCCUUCCGUGCUGCUCCUGUUGCCCGUCGGUCUGCCCAGGCACUGGGUCGUCGGUUCAAUUCUACCGGUGGAAGUCAUGAGCAGGGCCAUGCGUCAAGUGACUUGCCAUGGUUGAUCGGAUCGGUUGCUGUUACUGGCCCCAUGGUCUUUUACCUUUGGCCUUCUGGGUCUGAGGGACAUGGACACCAUGAUGCUCAUGGGGAUGAGCAUAAGGAGGAGCAUAAGGAGGAGGAGGGUGAGAAGAUAGAGGAGGCUGCUGAAGAGGCUCCUAAGGAGGAGGAUAAGGCUACUCAGGGUGGUGAGGAGAAGAAGGAGGAGGGAAAGGGUGGUGAAGAGAAGGAGAGCGAGGAGAACCAAGAGUCUCAGGAAGAGAAGAAGGAGGAGUCCAAGGAAGAAAAGAAGCAAGACACCGACGAUAAGAAGGAGGACAAGAAAGAGGACAAGAAAGAGGACAAGAAAGAGGACAAGAAGGAGGAGAAGGAAGAGAAGGAGGACAAGGACGAAAAGAAGGGCGAGGACAAGUCCUAA